AUGUAUCCCUCGCAACACCACGCCCAGAUGCCCCCGCCCCAGGCGCGCUCUGUCGCCCCAGAGACGUUUUUGCUCGACCAAGACGCCCAGCAGAGCCUGCCGCCCGACAGCGUCGUCGCCCUGCAGCAAGUCGACAACCUCAAGUACUUUCUCAUCUCGGCGCCCGUCGACUGGCAACCCGACCAGUACAUCCGCCGCUUCCUGCUCCCCACGGGCGAGUACGUCUCGUGCGUUCUCUGGAACAACCUCUUCCACAUCUCCGGCACAGACAUUGUCCGAUGCCUGUCCUUCCGAUUCCAGGCCUUUGGCCGCCCCGUCAAGAACUCCAAGAAGUUCGAGGAGGGCAUCUUCUCAGAUCUCCGCAACCUCAAGUCGGGCACAGAUGCCUCGCUCGAAGAGCCAAAGAGCGCCUUCCUCGACUUUCUCUACAAGAACAACUGCAUCCGAACACAGAAGAAGCAAAAAGUCUUUUACUGGUACAGCGUGCCCCACGACCGCCUGUUCCUCGAUGCGUUGGAGCGUGACCUGAAGCGCGAGAAGAUGGGCCAGGAGGCCACCACCAUGGCCGUCAGCGAGCCGGCUCUGUCGUUUGAGUUUGAUUCGUCCCAGUCGCUUUUCGAGCAGCUCACAAAGGCACAACAAACAAACUCGUCAUCAUUCAACAACAACAUGCAGCCAUCCUAUCCCGGCACCUCGCCCGACAUGCGAAGCAUGGAGUCGAUGCCCCCGCCAACCAUGGUUCCCGUCCAGCAGUCGAUGCCUCCCAUGCAACAGCCAAUGCACAGCGAGGACCCCAUGGCCCAGUACCACCAGCAAAUGUCGAUGCCCCCCUCGAUGCCCAACAACGUGGUCAAGAGCAGAGAGCAGCGCGAGAUGAGCCAGUCGUUUCAGUACGACCGCAACGGCAUUCCUCUGUCGCAAAUACACCAGCGCCACAGCUCCAUGCCCGCCUACAUGGAGUACUCUCCCGCGCCUUCAUUCGUCUCUUCGCACUACGAGGACUACAGCACGCGCGGCAUGUCGUUUGAGCCACUGACGCCUCCUCAGCACCAGAUUGGCCUCGGUGCCGAGCCAGCAUACAUUGCCAACGAAGACACUGGCCUCUACAGCGCCAUUCCCGACCUUCCCGCCCCCAACACCUUCAACCCCCUCAUGAACCUGCCCCCGUCUAACCUGAUGGGCCCUGGCUACCCGGGUGUCUCGAGGCCGUUUGCCCCUGGCAAUGUCUACUCGGUCAUUGAGGGCUCGCCCACGUACAAGCAACGGAGAAGGCGCUCUUCGCUGUCUGCCGGUAUUGCUGCUGCCGUGACUGCUUCUGGCGCCGGUGCCCACCAGGUCCACCGCCCCAGCGACUUGAGGCGGUCCAUGUCGAGCUCCGUCGUUCCUCUUGCCGAGGUCGAUGAGAACACGCACAACUCGCCCAACAGUGCCAACGGCGCAAACUACUCUGCACCCCAGAUGAACGACACCAAGCCGGCUUUCGACAUGUCAAGGCAAGGUACCCCGCUCAACACGGUAGAGGAGAGCCCAGAGCCCCAGCCUGCGCCCAUGCAGCACGACGACCUCAACACGCUCGUCAACGGCGAGCUGUUUGAGAGUCCUCUGCAGCACAGCGCCGUGGCUCGCGCAGCCGGAACCGGCGGACCCGUCUACCGCCGCGCCCGAAGCGCGACCAUGAUGGAGAUUGGCCCAUACCCCCAAAAAUCGCACUCUUGCCCAAUCCCCACGUGCGGCCGUCUAUUCAAGAGAUUAGAACACCUCAAGAGACACGUGCGUACCCACACACAAGAGCGACCAUACGUCUGCCCGCUGUGCAACAAAGCCUUCUCGCGCUCGGACAACCUUGCCCAACAUCGUCGCACACACGAGCCCCGCGCUGACGGCGAGCCGCUGAGCGAUUACCAAGAGGAAGAUCUCGAGGGUGACGAGGACCACCUCCAAUCGCUCGAGGACGACCUCUCGCCUGAGUCUGGCAACGACUACCUCUCUGGCUUGUCUCACUCGAUCAACGAUAUCCCUGGCCCGGCACUGGCCAUGACCAUGGCGCCGCCGCAGCACAGCCUGAUGGCGGGCAGCCACUACUGA